AUGAAAGAGGCUACGAACGAGCAUCGUCCCGAAGUCCCGAUCAAUGGGGUAUCGUAUGUCGGCCACCUGCGCGCCGUCGGCUCUUACAACAGGCACGCUGUAAGGCCGCUGCAACGCGGUGCGCGCAAUGAGCGUGACCGACGCGACAAUGGAGCCAGCGACGCGUGCGCACCCGAAGCGCACCUUGUUGCGCUCAGGCACGCGUACUACACUACUAUACUAGCUGUACACUGCUACCUU